AUGAAAGAUUACCAUACGGCCAGGAAAAAACUCGAAAGUCGCCGUCAGACCUAUGAAUCACUGCUUAUGAAAGCCUAUAAGGCUAAAAAGGAGGAUUCGCGCUUAGAAGAAGACAUCCGUCUAGCUUCUUACAAAUUCGAAGAGUCCACAGAGAACGUCCGAAACCGUAUGGUUACUCUGAAAGAAGCAGAAAUUGAUCAGCAGCAACAAAUGACCCAAUUAUUGAGACACCAACUUGAGUUUUUUAAGGAAGCUACGAAGACACUAACAAACGUUUAUGAAUUGUGUCAUUCCUCUAUCUCACAAGACCCACAAGGCACCGAAGUCAAAAAGGAUGACGAGGAAUGUGAAGUCGACUUGUAUAAAGCUUCUUUAAAUCGAGUCUCUCCUCACGAGCCUCUAAACUCGCGGCCUUCUUCUAUUAUUUUCCAACUAAAUAGCGACCAGAACAACGAUUCAAGAGAAGGCGUUAAAGAUCAAACGGUAGUUCAAGCACUUUACACGUUUAAUGGAAGAAAUAGCAAGGAACUCCAUUUUAACGCAGGCGAUCUCAUUUCCGUGAGCCAUAAACUAAGCGACGAUUGGUACGUUGGAGAAAAAAUGAAUACUCAAAUGGUAAUGCUAGGGAAGUCAGGCAUGUUCCCAGCAAACUAUUGCCGCCGUAUUUCAGGUAGAGCAAUCCAAUACAAAACACCUACCAACUCAAUAGAGAGGGCAAAGACCCUUCGACGUAUCGUCAGUGACGAACCAAAGGAUUUGAGCACUCCCAUUAAGCAAACUCAUGGUAAGAUAGGAAGACUGUUCGAAAACGACAAUGGAACCUCUGAGCCAGCCAGUAACUCAUCUCCUUCUUAUAUUAAGGUCCGAAAACCCUUACCUAGCACACCUAACAAAGGUGUGUUUAUGGCAUAA